CUGAAUCAGGGAAUGAGUGAAGAACUCUUCGACAGUUCACACAUGUAUACUGUUUUACCAAAACUCUUAUGUAACGUGAUGAAUUCACAUUGAUAAACAGAUGUGGUGACUCACCGUGGGAUCAUGGAGCAUUUGGGAUUUUUGUCUGUUCUUGCCACCGCUUGUGUUUUGGGAGUGGUGAUGAGUCAGACAACCCUCAGGCCUGCUGUGACAAUCACCACAGUCAGUGCAAACGUGACCACUGCCACUCCCAGCAUGCCCACCACUACAGCUGCCAGCUGCUCUGGACUCAACACAUCCACCUGCAAGACCUGUGCUCCCGGCUCCUAUUCUGAUAAUGAGACUCUGCUGUGUUCUUGUUGUCCAGAGGAUGGUCUGUGUAUGUUCUCUGGAGCUUGUCUUUUCUGCACUCAGGGUUUCUAUCAACCUCUAGCAGGACAGCAGAGUUGUCUGCCCUGUUCAUCUGGGUUUUACAGCAAUUCCACUGGAAGUCCUGUUUGUCAGGCAUGUCCCACUGGUUCUUACAGUAACAGCACAGGCUCUGUCUCCUGUAGGACCUGCACACCAGGUUUCUACACAUCUUUGCAAAACUCAACAUCUUGUAAUCCGUGUCCACAAGGCACGUACUGCAAUUCCUCCAGUUGUGCCCUGUGUCAGAUCUGUCCUGCAGGCUCAGAAGCUCUACAGAUCGCUGCCAAAGAAUGUACAUCCUGUCGCCCAGGAAUGCACAAGCCGUCGCAUCAAAUGAUGUGUCAGAUUUGCAGCAGUGGUUUCUACCAGAUCCGCUGGGGUCAGGAGAACUGUGACCUGUGUCCUGAUAACCACUACUGCCCUAGUCCUGAUGUAAAUCCAAUCCAAUGCCCCUCUGAUGCCUUCUGCCCUGCGGGUAGCACGGCCCCUGGCUACUGCAUGGAGACCUUCUUCAGAAAGGCAGGGGAGACAUGUGAACUUGCUCCUGUUACCAUAGCACUGCUUGUUAUUGGAGGAGGAGUGGGUCUUCUCUUUAUCAUUAUCAUGGUUUUGCGAAGGAGAAGAGAUAAUGACAGUGAGCUAUCCCUCGCUCGGAAACCACUCCUGCGAAAAGACAGACAACCCGGUCGCUUCUGCGGAAUCCCCUGUGAUGCCGAGCCUGUUUAUGCUGGCUGGUGAUGUUACCACAUACUUCCCAAAUCACUCCAACAAACCAGAGCACCUCUACGUCAGCUCAGGCUUUUGUGUAUCUUUGGGUUGAAAUCUGGACUUCAUGAUAAUGUAGACGCAGAAGCAAAAAAUAAACAGAAAAGUAAAAAAAAAAAAAACUUGAGCCAUUUUCAGGCGCACAUAUUUUGUAUGAUAUUUUCUAUUUAGACAAUCCUUUUAUUGAACUGUCCUAAGCUUUAUGUAAUGGUAAGAUACUAUCAAGUAUGUUUAAUACUGACCAUGUUAUAGAGUCAGGGUUCAUUUUGAGAUUUGGGAGAGUAAGAGUAUUAAGUAUUUUUUGUUUUGUUUUUGUUAUGUGUUAUAUAUAUAUAUUGCACCAGAUAUUAAGUUGAGCCAUGGCACUGAAUAGGAUUUGGACUAUGUCCUGGAUUAUGCUUAUUUCUUGAUGCCACUACUCUUUACUACCUGGGGUCCUCAAGGUAUUUUGUAUGAUAUACAUUUGCAUUAUUGCUUGUAUUUAACUUGUGAUGUGCCACAUAUUACUUUUAACAUUCCAGUGUGUAUGCUGGAAUAAAAAGCUUUGCAUAAUGUUGAUGUAAAUCUGCAGUGUGUAUUUGAGUUUAAUGGGUAUAACUGUAACUUUUUUUUUCCCCCCUUCCAGAAAUCCUCUGAAUGUGCUUUCACCAACUGAUUUUUCUUAUGAUAAAAUUGUCCUUUAUGUAUUUAUUUAUUUUUAAUGACAGCAGUGGAUAAUAUCAAGGUAUAGUUUAUUGUAGCAGUAACUAUAGGAACUAUGGUUUGCAUGGUGAAAGUGCAACCAGAAGCACAUUUUUACUUCUCUCUUUUAAUUAUAACAGAACAACUUAAAGUUAAAAGUAGAUCAUCAUGAGCAAUUGUAUAGGUGGAUAACACAAGGAACUGUAAUGUUUCACUAUGAGGAAUAUAUUUUAAGUUUUUAUAUAAUAUUGAUAUAUUAUACAAGUUAUAUAUUAAGUAAUAUAUUUUAUAUUCAUAUUAUAAUAUAUUGUGUAACUUUUUUAUAUACAUUAUUAGGUUAUAUAUUUAGUGAAUUCAAAGGC